AAGAGGAAACACACUUCACUGCUGAGACCACGCUGAAGCUGACUUCUCACCAAAUAUCAAGCAGACGCAGAGGAUGCAGCAAAUGGAGGUAUCUGAUUAUGUUAAUGAGCGACCGAGACCAAAGCAGAAAGGCAGUGGGGAUGCAAAUCAAACAGUUUCAGAAACUGUCACAGCAGGGAGUGGAGUAACAACAGACCCCUCAUCCUCCUCUUUGGAUUUGAGACAAGAGAGAAGACUCUGCCAGGUGCUUCUCCUCAGCUUUGGGCUUCUGUGCGUCAUACAAGCCAUUCUCAAUGUUUCUCUACGCCUGACAUUAUACUCUACCCACUUGGACUGCAACGCAACAAAUUUUAGUUACCAAGACAAGGUGAAGAAAGUGCAGAAGGAUUGUGAAGGAGAGCCACCUGGUCAGUGCAACGGAUUAAAAGAACGAUUCAACGCUUUGACGCGAGACAAAAACGAUCUGGAAAACAGAAACUCUGAGCUCAACAACAUGAUCAAGGACCUGGAGGAGGAGAGGGACAGGCUGAGGACUAAUCCGGAGAAAGAUGUUGAGGCUCGUUUCAAAAACCUGACUGAGGAGAGAGAUGACCUGAAGAGGAAGCUGAAUAACUUAGGUCAAGGAGGAUGGGAGUAUUUCAGCGGUAAAUUCUACUACAGUUCUUCUAUGGAGAAAACCUGGCAAGAGAGUAGAGAUGACUGUCUUCAAAAGGGUGCAGACCUGAUGAUUAUCAACAGCAAAGAAGAACAGGAUUUCACAAGAAAAUAUCAGAAGAGACUGUGGAUUGGCCUGACUGACUCAGAGACAGAGGGGAUGUGGAAAUGGGUGGAUGGGACUCCACUGACCAAAAGCUACUGGGAUUCCGGGGAGCCUAACGGUGAAGAAAGUGAAAACUGUGGGCAAAUAUUUAAUUAUAAUUUGGAAAACAGCUGGAAUGAUGAAAGCUGUUCCAGCUCAGUGUACUGGAUCUGUGUAAUGAAAGUCCGUCCAUAACUCUGCAACCAAACCCACCAGACAGAAAACUUAAUAAAUAAAUUGCUGUUUUUCUAUAGUUCAGUGCAAAUUUAUAUUUUCACAAAAGCAACCUGAAUAUGCUCAUGUGGACACAUCAUUUCCAAGUGAAAAUCAUUUCCAGCUCAGUGUGAGAUAAUCUGAAGCCUGGUUAUAUUCCGCUGCAGUAAAGUGACCUGUUAACAUCUAGAAACAAAUGUCCAACGAGGGUCACUUCUUUGGCUGAAAAAAAAAUGAAAAGAACUGCAAUAUGUAAUACAUGCUUUGAUUUAUUACUUGCUGAAUGAAUGUAUAAAUGUUUAUGGGUGGGAGGGGGGAUGUGUUCUUCCAGCCACAUCACAGCAGGGUGGCAGGGGGGGGGUCUAGUCCUGUCUCAUUGGUUUAGUUAUGACCUGUUUUCUUUGUCACUAUGUUGUAUUAUUAUUAGGGCUGUCAAAAUUAACGCGUUAAUUUUCCGUUAAUUUUUUAAUAUUUAACUCGUUAACAAAAAUGAACGAAAUUAACGCA